UUCAAAGAAAUAAUGGCACUAGAAUAUUUUUCAGCAAAACUUUCGCUUGAUUAUACCAAAUUAUUAGAAACAUCAAAUGAUUAUGAUGUAAUUAUAGAAAUAGGAGAACGAGAAAGAUCAAAUGGAAAUAUCAAAUCAAUUUUCACCUUAAAUAAUGAAGAAGAAGAAAAUUUUAAAAUAUUUAAAGCACAUUCAAUAAUAUUGAAAACACGGUGUAAAUAUUUUGAAGCAGCAUUAUCACACGAUUGGGUAAAAAUGGAUAAUGAUGAUAAAAUAAUAUUAAAAAAUCCAAAUAUUUACCCAAAAACUUUCUCUAUAAUUUUAAAAUAUAUUUAUGAUGGUAGUAUAUCCUUAGAAUAUUUAUCACCAUCCGAUAUUAUAAUAUUAUUAAUAUCAUCAGAUGAAUUGGCAAUAGAA